GAAUAUAGUGCCCCAUCGUUGGUGUCAGUUGGGGGGAAUAGAAUAGUGCCCCACAUUGGUGUCAUUGGUGUCAGUGGGGGGAAUAGUGCCCCAACAUUGGUGUCAGUGGGGGGAAUAGUGCCCCAUCAUUGGUGUCAGUGGGGGAAUAGUGCCCCAUCAUUGGUGUCAGUGGGGGAAUAGUGCCCCAUCAUUGGUGUCAGUGGGAGGAAUAGUGCCCCAUCAUUGGUGUCAGUGGGAGGAAUAGUGCCCCAUCAUUGGUGUCAGUGGGAGGAAUAGUGCCCCAUCAUUGGUGUCAGUGGGAGGAAUAGUGCCCCAUCAUUGGUGUCAGUGGGAGGAAUAGUGCCCCAUCAUUGGUGUCAGUGGGAGGAAUAG